AUGACUAUAACAAAUUACAGUAGAGCCUCNCUUGGAACAAGUUUAGAAAAACUUUUUACAAUACGUUCACGACGUUUUACUAUGAAAACUGUUUUAAUGCUAGCUGAUCAGAUGAUUGAACGAAUUGAAUAUGUUCACAAUAAGAAUUUCAUUCACCGAGACAUUAAACCAGAGAAUUUUCUUAUUGGACUUGGAAGACAUCGCAAUAUGCUUUAUCUCAUAGACUUUGGUGUAGCAAAAAAAUAUAUUCGCAAAGGACAGCAUAUACCUUAUCGUGAGGAUAAAGGUAUGACUGGUACUGUCAGUUAUGUUAGCAUUAAUACCCAUUUGGGUAUUGAACAAAGUCGUAGGGAUGAUAUGGAGUCGAUAGGAUAUGUGUUAAUGUAUUUUAAUCGUGGAAGUCUACCGUGGCUAGGUUUGAAAGCAGCAACCAAAAAACAAAAAUAUGAAAAAAUAAGUGAAAAAAAAAUGUCGAUACCAGCAGAUGUUCUUUGUGAGGGAUUUCCGGCCGAAUUUGCAGCGUACUUGAAUUACUGUCGAAAUCUCCGCUUUGAUGAAACACCAAAUUAUACGUACCUGAGGCAAUUAUUUAGCAAUUUAAUACGCACACUUAAUUACGAAUACGACUGCGUAUUCGAUUGGAAUAAGCCUAAGCAAAAAACACACCAGGGCCAGCGUAACCCUUCUUCCAAUACAACCAUUUCAAGAUACUGUAAUGUCUUUCAAAUGUCCAUUACAAGAAAUCUUAAAUAA